CGCAUCUACCAGUGUAGAUCAGAAUCCACCGAAAGUGGUUUCUCUGUUUUGUGGUUUUCGCAAGUUAACCAAAGAAAACCACAGAAGUGACAGUGUCAAAAAAUCAAAACAAAAACCUAACCUCAUAAUUCAAAUCAAACAUCGAUUUUCAGAGAUGGAUCUUUGAAUCUGUUGAUUUGAACUAUUAUUUGAUCAGAUAUUCGAAACACGAAAAUGGCUCACGUUUUACAAGGUGUUUAUGCACCGCUACCACAAUCACUCAGCGAUUCAGAUUCAGAUAAAGAAAUUAGUAUGGAACCAGUUUGUGGAAACUACAAUGGUAAACAUUCGGAUUCCAGGAAAACCAACAGCUUCUCAUAUCUACAGAACGGGCACCAAAUGGUAUUUAGCGAGAUUGUGGAGGACAUGCAUCAAGCUAAGCUAGUAAACCCUAAAAUGUCUGCAGGCUGCAAGUUCGCAUUUGCGUUUUCAAUUAUCCUUUGCUUUCUACCAGUAGUCAUCUUUUUGUGGGUGCUACCAUGCUCUGAAUCUAAUACAUGUCCAGUCAAAAUUUCAAACUGGGAAAUACAACUGGAAAAUAUUGAAUUCCAAGGCAAGUGUAAUUUGGUAGAUGGACCAUAUAAAGGAUCAAUUUUGAAUAUAGCACUCAUGUACAAGGGAAGCUUUAACAGUCAUAUGGACCAGAAGAAUGGCAUUGCUUUACUGAAAGGACGAGAUGGAAGUACAAUAUGGAACUAUCGUCAAAAAAUGAAUCCAUCUGGUUUGAAUUGUAGCAUUAUUGAUGUGAGUGGGAAUGGAAUUCAUGACUGUCUAGUCAUAGAUGAAAAUGGAUUGAAAGCAAUAGAAAGCUUAACUGGUGAGACUCUUUGGUAUGCUCAUAGUGCCCAAGAAAAAUCUAUACCAAAGCUAGAUAUGCCAGUAAAGCUGAAAGACAUGGAUGAUGAUAAUAUAGAUGAAUUAUUAGCCAUUUAUGAGAAACACUCUUUGCUCUUGAUAUCUGGAAAGGAUGGCAAAGCUUUGCAGAAUAUCAAGGUGUUAACUCCUUGCUUUUCAAUUGAAGAGUUGCAUAGAGUUGGUGAGUUUAUCAGGUAUCUCUGUAAUGCUGAAAAUGAAGGGUAUUAUGAGAUAUCUCUGGAUAAUAUUGAAGCUAUGUAUAAAAAGAAUCAAGAAAUCAUACCUAAAGUGCUGGUAUUUAAGAAUGAGUCUGGCGUAUUUCAGACAGGUAACCGAAAAUUGAUCGUCAAGAAUGAGAACACUUGCCCUCAUUGCCACUCCACGAUAACUCUCUAUGGCAAUAAUUCAAAAGAGUGGUCAUAUACCAACGCAUAUACAAUGAGACCAGUACCAUAUUCUCUGCGUCCAACCGAAACCAAUAUGGUAGCAUUGAAAGGCCACAUUUACGGAUUCAUUUUGAAAAUAUGGGAAUGGAAGGAGCACUCCAGAAAACUUGCACCCGGCACCAGGGUGUACAAAAGAAGUGUCGCUGUACACAAUGAAACCUAUCACUUGAACAAUGUUACUGAGAGGUUCAUUCUCAUAGUAUUCAAUGAGAACGAUACGAGGAUAAUCAAUGUCAGCAUGACAGAUCUUUGUAUCAUUUGCAACGGUCCUGACAGAACCAAUUGUCAGCCUAAUUAUGAAGAUCAGCAAGACUCUUUGUCAGUCGUCGACUUGGAUGACGACGGAGCUUUAGAGUUGAUCAGUUUCUACAGUACGUAUGAAAGGAGGGAUGAGGAAGGAUAUGAAGCAUACUAUUUAGUUUCUAAGUUGAAUGUUUUCAGGCUCGAGAGUGAGCUACCAAAAUUAUACGGAAAUAAGUAAAAGUCUAGUCUAUGGAUGGAAAUGUCGCAAGUCGCAACAUCCCCUAGGCUUUCGUAUCUAUAUUGAAAUGAAAAAAUUAUAGUGACCAAUGUCUUGUAACAGGUGUUUAGAUAGACACACUUUUAUUAACUGAGUUAAAUUUCUAUGCUAGUCAUUGCACUUUUUAGUGUUUCAUACCUUUCUAGUCAGUCGUAUUUGUUGCAUGAUUUCCAAUGGCAUAGGUAAACAGUUUUAGUUUGAAUUAUGAUGUUUUUACUGUGAUGAUAGUUUUAAGUUUCUUUGUUGAUUGUGAGUUUGUCUUCAAAUAUAUCGUUUAUCUUGUA